AUGCAUAAAUGUGAAUCGUUUAGCGUUUUGAGGAAUAGUCCUGCGGACGUCAUCAAGGAGAUUUUGCUGGUUGACGAUUUCAGCGACAACGGUUUGGGGGAUAGCAGUGUUGUUGUCUCGCCGGUCAUCGAUGUUAUCGAUUUGGAUACUUUCGAAUAUUCGCCAGUGUCCACUGCUCUGAUUGGAGUGACGUGCCCCUUCCGUAAAGCCGACAGAUUUUCAUUCAUUCUUAUCAUCCUGAUAUUGUGCAGGACUCCGGUGAUUGCUGGUGGCUUAUUCGCCAUCGAUAAAAACUGGUUCGAGACACUCGGCAAAUACGACGCUGAAAUGGAAUUGUGGGGAGGUGAAAACUUAGAGUUUUCCUUCCGUGUAUGGAUGUGUGGCGGACGACUGGAAAUCAUUCCAUGCAGCCGCGUUGGCCACGUCUUCCGUAACGAGUUUCCCUAUGAAUUUCCCGGUGGAACGCAAAAGGUUUUUCUGAGAAACACACGAAGAAUGGCCGAGGUUUGGUUGGACGAGUUUAAACAGUUCUAUUUUGAUGCUAUACCGGAGGCAAAACAUAUAGAGUUUGGCAAGUAG